UAAAAAAGAAAAAAAGGUCAAUGAUUCAUUAAAUUAGGACCUUCUUGUAAACUGGAAACAUGUAAGAAAAGGAAACCAAUUAUGUCUUUUCUGCUCUUCCUGACCAGCCAAUAAUCUGGCCUGCAGGGCUUGAGUGCAAUGCUCUACUCGACAUUGUAUGCAGAGAGGGGAGAAAUAAAACACACACACUCAAAGCAAGCAAGCAAGCAAGCAACAGGCUCCAGGUGGCUCUCAAGCACUUCACUGCCAACAAAGCUGCACUGAGAAGCAGGUCCAACAAAAGAGGCUCCCAGGAGGGAGCUGGGUUCAGCCCGGAAGACAGCAAGAUUAGUAAAGUAUGAGUAUACAGCCCAGGCUGCUGGUGGCCAGCAUUUAAAGAAGAAGAAGAACGCUUUAAGCAAUUAGCCAGGGCUGCAGCACAAGGGGUAGCUGUCAGGGAUCUGCUGAACUCAGAAGGAAUUUUUCAGCUCCACUUUGUGGUUUCAGAUGUCUCCUGCUGCUUGACCCCUGAGACGGGCUGACCACCACAGGCACAACCCAUCUUUCUGGUGUGAUCACUGACAGUGUUCUGUAGCCUCUGACCUGUUUACAACUUGGAAAGAGAAACAAAAAAAAAAGAAGCCAACAAUCACACACACACACACACACUCACACACACACACACACACCACUUUUGCGUCUUCAAAGCUGCCGUUUUUUCAUAGGCUGUCAAUUAGCUCGAGGAGAUUACAUCUGGGAACCGUGUUCCUUCACAGAAUAAAUAAGGUGAGAAGACUGACAGAACUCGGACACUUCAGAGGAGAUAUGCAGCAUGCAAGGAGCCCUGAACGAUUCAAUUAAGGAGGCAGCCUUAAAAGCUAACCACAAGUCUAGACAACCACACACUUCAUAGAAGGAUCUUGGAAUGAAUAAACUCACAGACUUCUGAUGGAUUAUAUUUAAGGGAUUUUUUUGUUUGUUUUUUUAUUCAUUGAAUUAUUAUCUUUUUCAAGUAAAAACAAAAAGUAAAUUCAGACUGUUUUGGAGGCAGAGGCUUGAAAAGUUUUCCAGAGGUGCUUUGUCACCUGAGUUAUGGAUGUUGGUACACUUCAUUCAGCAGUGAUCAGAGUCUCCAAGAGGAUAACCAGCCGGAAAACCUUGGCUUGUUUCUCUUUCAUUCCCAGUGUUUCAGCAUGUUUCUUUCUAUGAAGCUUUUUCCAGUGCCGAGAGCUUCAGUACAAUGUGGAAAUGGAUACUGACAAAGGUUUCCUCCGGCUUUUCACACCUGCCUUAUUUCUUUCUGCUGUUUUGGGUCUGCUUUCUAUCCGUCACCUGCAAUGACACCACCAGAGAUAUGCACUCACUGGAGGUCACCAAUUCUUCCUCUGUCGUUGGGAGACACGUGCGCAGCUAUGAUCACCUUCUAGGAGACGUUCGCAGGAGAAAGCUUUUUUCCUUCCACAAGUUCUUUCUCAAGAUUGAUAAAAAUGGAAAGGUCAGCGGAACGAAGAAGGAGAGUGAUCCCUUCAGUUUAUUGGAGAUAAAAUCAGUGGAUGUCGGUGUUGUUGCUAUCAAGGCAAUGCAUAGCAAUUACUACUUAGCAAUGAACAAGAAUGGCAAAAUAUAUGGAGCAAAAGAAUUUGGUGUCGACUGCAAACUGAAGGAGAGAAUAGAAGAAAAUGGAUAUAACACGUAUGCAUCCUUACAAUGGAAAAACAAAGGAAAGCAAAUGUUUGUGGCUUUGAAUGGCAAUGGAUUUCCAAAGAAGGGACAGAAAACACGAAGGAAAAAUACAGCCUCCCAUUUUCUGCCCAUUUUGGGCCAUGCAUGAAAAGAAACUUAUCUUUGAAAUACUGCUGCACUGAAGGGAGUUGGAUCUACUAAGGCUCACCUCAAAAUAAAAUUUGACUUUGAAACAAACGCAAGAGAGGCACUAUUGAACAAGCUGGAUUUUUCAUUUUCAGCAGUGACACUGUAGAUCACUGCCCUGAAUCUUUACCUUAAACAGGAGCCUUUUGAAUUUCUGCAUAGCUGUAACUGGCACAGUGAGCACACAUUUCCCAGUUGUCUGUGCCUCAGCAUGUGAUUCAAAUCAUGGACAAAAGGCAAGGGACGGAAACCACAUUCAACACAGAUGAUAUUAACGUUCUUUAUACGGUGCAGUUUAAAUGUACAUGUGUGAUCUAUGGGAGAUAUUAUUUAUGUCAUUUUAUUCACAUCAAAAAAUUUUAAUUUGUGCUAAAGCUAUAUGAUCUAAUGAACAGCUAGAUAUGCAGACAUUUAUAGGAAGUAUGAAGGUGAAUCACAAGAAUAGUGAAAUAGGAAAGGCAAACUAUAACAAAGAGAAGGAUGAACAAAUCAAGAUGCUCUAACAAAAUGAUUGCCACUAUUGGCUUAAGUCCGAAGGCUCCAUUUGUCCGUAGUUAUUUAUUGAGCAAGACAGGACCAAAAUUAAUAUAUAUCUGAAACCGUCAUAUCACACUAACAUUGUGUCUAAAUAUUGAAUUGGAUAAAAGGUAGAUUUUGUAAAUUAGUGCUAUUUUUACAAAGAAAAAAUCCACCCAGUUUAUUUAAAAAAAUGUUAUUAAUGGUAGUAUUUAGUGUAGCUCCUUUAUGAUUAUGAUUUUAAAUUGCAUACUCUUCCUCGAUUAAAGGGAAUUCUUCUCAUUCCGCAGCCUGCUGGCUCAUUUUGUUAGAGUAUAUCCAAUAAGUAUUCUGAUACAAAAAAUACCUAUUCACUUUGUUACUGCAUUAAGUCUCCUCUGAGUGUGUAGUUUAAAAAGAUCAAGUAGUAGAUGAAUAUUAUUUUGUAAUGAGUACACUAAAUAAUAAUUCUAUGAGAUUAUAUUGAUGCUGCCUUUCAACUUCAAAAUUCUGUUUGUGAAUGUUUUAUUUUUUAUUGUUUGGAAGCGGUAUUUUUGGUACAGAGAAAAGACAUUUUGGAAAGUCAGUUAUAUUUAAGUUCUUGGAUUGCUGGUUUUGUUUUAUCUAUCAUAAGUUAUUUUAUUGUAAUUUCUUGCCAGCACUUCCCCUUGUUAUACAGUAAAAUAAUAAAAAAGACCCACCCAUUAAAAA